AUGUCCCCUCAAGCCCUGAGGCGCGGGGCUGGGGAGGAGUGGGAAGAGGCAUCUCCCUACACUUUGGUGAACAUCUGCCUGAAUGUCCUGAUUGCUAACCUGGGGAAACUGUGUUCUGAAAGACCUGAUGGAACGCUGUGCCUUCCGGAGCAUUGGAGUUUCCCUCAGGAAGUAGCUGAUCGAUUUCUCAGGGUGAUGACUUGGCAAGGCAAGCUGACUGACAGAACAGCAAGCAUUUUCCGAGGCAACCAAAUGAAACUGAAGCUGGUCAAUAUCCAAAAAGCUAAAAUCUCUACAGCUGCAUUCAUAAAAGCCUUCUGCCAUCAUAAGCUCAUUGAACUGAACGCUACUGCAGUGCACGCUGACCUCCCAGUUCCAGACAUCAUAAGUGGACUCUGCAGCAGUAGCUGGAUCCAGCAAAACCUCCGGUGUCUCCUGUUAGACUCGACAAGCAUCCCUCAAAAUUCAAGAUUACUGUUCUUUAGUCAGCUCACUGGUCUUCGCAUUUUAAGUGUUUUUAAUGUUUGUUUUCAUACCGAAGACCUGGCUAAUGUUUCUCAGUUACCAAGACUGGAAAGCUUAGAUAUCUCUAAUACUCUGGUCACUGAUAUUUCUGCACUGCUUACCUGUAAGGAUCGAUUGAAGUCUCUUACAAUGCACUAUCUAAAAUGCCUGAGCAUGACCAAACCACAAAUUCUUGCAGUCAUUAGAGGACUUACAUGUCUGCUUCACCUUGAUAUUUCUGAUCACAGGCAACUCAAAUCAGACCUAGCUUUUCAUUUGCUACAGCAGAAGGAUAUCCUGCCCAAUGUUGUGUCAUUGGAUAUUUCUGGGGGCAGUUGCAUCACUGAUGAAGCUGUAGAACUAUUUAUACAACAGCGGCCUGCCAUGCAAUUUGUGGGACUAUUGGCCACGGAUGCUGGCACUUCUGACUUCUUUACUACAAAGCAAGGCUUGAGGGUUGCUGGAGGAGCCAGUAUGAGUCAGAUUUCAGAAGCUCUGAGCCGAUACAGGAACAGAUCAUGUUUUAUGAAGGAAGCCCUCUGCAGGCUAUUCACAGAGACAUUUUCAAUGGAGGUAACCAUGCCUGCUAUUUUAAAGCUUGUGGCUGUAGGAAUGAGGAAUCACCCGUUGGAUUUGCCAGUGCAGUUCACAGCCAGUGCUUGCGCUCUCAACCUAACACGCCAGGGCCUGGCCAAGGGGAUGCCUGUUCGCCUGUUGUCAGAGGUCACCUGUCUACUUUUCAAGGCUCUGAAAAAUUUCCCCCAUUACCAGCAGUUACAGAAGAAUUGUCUUCUCUCCUUAACCAAUUCCAGGAUUCUUGUGGAUGUUCCCUUUGACAGGUUUGAUGCUGCCAAGUUUGUCAUGAGAUGGCUCUGUAAGCAUGAAAACCCCAAGAUGCAAACAAUGGCAGUGAGUGUCACCUCUAUUCUAGCUCUGCAGCUCUCACCUGAGCAAAUGGCACAGCUUGAAGAGCUCUUCAUGGCAGUUAAGGAACUUCUAGCAAUAGUAAAACAAAAGACUACUAAGAAUUUAGAUGAUGUCACCCUCUUGUUUACUUUGAAAGCACUUUGGAAUCUUACAGAUGGGUCUCCAGCUGCCUGCAAGCACUUUAUUGAAAAUCAAGGAUUGGAAAUCUUCAUCCAAGUCUUGGAGACGUUUUCAGAGUCAGCAAUACAAAGCAAAGUACUUGGUCUUUUGAACAACAUAGCAGAAAUCAGAGAGCUCUCUUCCAAGCUGGUGACCGAAGAUGCGCUGAAGCAUAUCAACAGUUUACUCUGUAGCAGGGAAAUGGAAGUCAGCUAUUUUGCUGCAGGUAUCAUAGCCCACCUGACAUCUGACAGACAGCUUUGGAUAUCCCGUGACUUCCAGAGGCGUGCUCUUCUCCAAGAUCUGCAUGCAGCCAUCCAGAAUUGGCCAAGUUCAAGUUGUAAGAUGACAGCAUUGGUGACCUAUAGAUCUCUCAAGACAUUUUUCCCACUCCUUGGCAACUUCUCUCAACCAGAGGUUCAGCUCUGGGCACUAUGGGCUGUGUGUCAUGUCUGCAGUAAAAAUCGGUAUCUUCCUGACCUGGGUUCCAGCACUUCAGAACAUUGUUAUCAGAUGCUAGCUUAUGCUGAUGUGAGGAUGUGUUAUGGGAACCAGUGUGUUAAGUCCAAUUCUGUACAAGACAUCCCUUCAAGUUCUGUGUCAUUCACAACAAUCCUCAUGGGUAGGAUGCAAGCAUAA